CGGCAGGUGUGUUGCUCGGCGUCCUCCGGCUUCGCCGCCCGCUCACAAUGCGUGGCCGCCGCCGCCGCCGUUGCUUCUGCGCACUGGCAAGGAGGAGACCCGGCUGGAAGGAGAAGGGGAGGCGGGGAAGGCAAGGCAAGGAGAGCGUGGGAGAAAGAGUGGCGCCUCCUCCUCCUCCUGCCGCCGCCGCCGCCGCGUACCAGCGAGUGGAGCGCAGUCGAGGUCGUCCCGCUGGCAGAAGCAGUGCGCCUUCGCUGGGCGCCUCUCUCCCUCGGGCGCCGCCGCGGCUCCUCCUCAGAGCAGCCCGGGGACAAAGCGGGACGCGGCGUCUCCUUGAGAGCUGGAAUGUGCACUGUUUUCCCUAUACUUUUUUAAGAAGCAAGAGGUUCAGAAGGGCAAAGCUGAAGGAUGCCGUCUGAGGUGUACCUCAGUUUUCAAGAUAUGCUGACUGGCCAGAGGCUUUGCCAGUCUAGUUCUCAUAAUGAUGCUGUCUUGGCUGCUCUGAACCAGCAAAGAAGUGAUGGGAUCCUCUGUGAUAUAACUCUUAUAGCGGAAGAGCAGAAAUUCCAUGCCCACAAGGCAGUCCUAGCAGCAUGCAGUGACUACUUCAGAGCGAUGUUCAGCCUUUGUAUGGUUGAAAGUGGCGCAGAUGAGGUGAAUUUACACGGCAUCACAAGUAUAGGUUUAAAGCAAGCUCUGGACUUCGCGUACACUGGACAGGUACUCUUGGAACCAGGUGUGAUUCAAGAUGUGCUUGCUGCAGGGAGCCAUCUGCAGCUGCUGGAAAUGCUUAGUUUAUGUUCUCACUAUCUUAUCCAGGAGUUAAAUAGCUUUAAUUACUUGGACCUAUAUAAACUUGCUGACCUAUUUAACCUCACUUUACUGGAAAAAGCGGUGGUUGACUUCUUGGUAAAACACCUAUCUGAGCUACAGAAGAACCACCCAGAAGAAGUCCUGACGCUACCAUACUGCCUCAUCCGAGAAGUCUUGAAGAGUGACCGACUCACGUCACUGAGCGAAGAACAAAUUUGGCAGCUAGCUGUGAGGUGGCUAGAACACAAUUGCCGUUACCAAUACAUGGAUGAACUUCUCCAGCAUGUUCGGUUUGGGCUCAUGGAUGUGGACACCUUGCAUACAGUAGCCCUCUCUCACCCUCUUGUCCAAGCUAGUGAAACCGCUACAGCACUGAUCAAUGAGGCCUUGGUAUAUCACCAGAGUAUCUAUGCACAGCCAAUAUGGCAGACCAGAAGGACAAAACCUCGCUUCCAGUCAGACACUCUUUACAUCAUUGGCGGGAAGAAACGGGAGAUCUGCAAAGUUAAAGAACUUCGAUACUUCAAUCCUGUAGACCAGGAUAACGUUUAUAUAGCAGGGAUUGCAAACUGGAGUGAGCUGGCUCCCAUGCCGGUAGGAAGAAGCCACCACUGUGUUGCUGUAAUGGGAGAUUUCCUUUUCGUAGCAGGUGGCGAAGUUGAGCAUGCCACCGGCCGCACUUGUGCAGUACGGACUGCUUGUAGAUACAACCCUCGAAACAAUUCUUGGGCUGAAAUAGGUCCAAUGAAGAACUGCCGGGAACAUUUUGUGUUGGGAGCUGUGGACGAAUACCUCUACGCAGUCGGAGGUAGAAAUGAGCUGCGUCAAGUGUUGCCUACGGUGGAGCGCUACUGCCCUAAGAAGAACAAGUGGACUUUUGUUCAGUCCUUUGACAGAUCCCUUUCCUGUCAUGCGGGAUAUGUUGUGGAUGGUCUCCUUUGGAUAUCAGGAGGAGUAACAAAUACUGCACAAUAUCAGAACAGGCUAAUGGUGUAUGAUCCUUCACAAAAUAAAUGGCUUAGCCGCAGCCCCAUGUUGCAGAGAAGAGUCUACCAUUCAAUGGCAGCUGUGCAAAGGAAGCUGUAUGUUUUAGGAGGCAAUGACCUGGAUUAUAACAAUGACAGGAUUCUUGUCCGCCACAUAGAUUCCUACAAUAUAGACACUGACCAGUGGACACGCUGCAACUUCAGUCUGCUGACAGGCCAAAAUGAAUCGGGAGUUGCUGUUCACAAUGGCAGAAUAUACUUAGUUGGUGGCUACUCAUUUUGGACAAAUGAACCCUCCGCAUGUAUCCAGGUGCUGGAUGUUAGUAAGGAAGGAAAAGAAGAGGUUUUCUAUGGGCCCACCUUGCCUUUUCCUUCUAAUGGGAUAGCUGCCUGCUUCCUUCCGGCACCCUACUCAACAUGCCCCAACCUGCAGCCUUUGCAAGUGCCUCAUCACAAGAUAGGCACUAUGUGAGAAAAGGAGCGUGGCUGACGAGAGAGGAAGCUGCUUCAUCCAUCCUGAUUUCAUCUUCGAAUCAACCAAAAGGGGAAGAAUUGUUCUGAAAUUCUUUAUUGUAUUAAAUGCAGUAGAAGCCAAAAAGAACACUAAUGAAAGGGGGCCAGAAUUGCACCUAGACCCUCCUACCUUCAAGCAGGGCUUGGGCAUCUUUGCUCACUAAGUAUUUCUAGGAACAUUUUAUGCAGUUGAUUUGGCUUCACACUUAUAAGGAUCUGCCAGGAUUACUGACUUCCCAAAGUGCUUUGCAAAAGAGAGUGUGAUACGUCGAUGAGGAAACAUAAUACUAUAUAUGCAAUUUAAUAUAUUUGGCAAAAAAGGGAUCCUUGAUUUAGUUCCAUAGGUUGUUGCUUCUAGCGCUAGGUACUGUCAAAGACGUGCAAAAAAUGAAUUUCCACUUAAACAUAGAAAUUCUCAAAAUGUGGGCUACGAUGGCAAUGAGUUUGGACUUCAUUAAAAAAAGGCUGGAAAAGGA